AUGUCUCUAGGGGACUCGCGAGGCGACGAACGCGCCGGAAAGCGCCUCCGGUUCAACGAUUCGGUGGACUAUUUGCGAUCGGGAGAAGGUCGGGUUGAGGACCGCGCUCAUGAUCGGAGUCAAAGCGUGCCCCUGUCUUUCCCCUUGGCCGAUGGGAAUCAAUACACAAGCGGAGGGUUUAACAGAGCCUCCUAUGUAUCUGAGUUUGAGCAGGAGAUGAUUGCUGCGCUUGGCCUCUCACCAACUGAGUCUCGCCAACCUCGUUCCCUUCAGGCAACCACUUUCGAACCGCGGUUGGCCCUGAGUCUCACCAACGGCUUCGGUCAGGGGUUGGCGCUUCACCAACAGCGCUCCGAUCCUCGCGCAAAAGUUGGUACUCGAGAAUGCGACCGAAACGAUUAUGUCACUGGCGCUUCCAAUUUUAACAACUUAGGCCCGUGGGAAAGUCUACCGCACCUUUUUGGCGAAUCGGCCCAACAACCCAAGCCCUUCGAACACCCCGGGCACCCCGAUGCCUCUGUUUUAUCACAUAUGGUAGAGUCGCAACCUCAAAGUGCCGUCGAUUCCACCAUGCCCACGAUUCCGACUAUCCGCCCCGUUCACGACGAAGAUGCUGGCAACAAGCCGCUCAUUCUAGCAAAAAACAGCCCUCUCCCCCAUAUUCUUCCUCCCAUGACCUUUUCACUGGACGAUUCUUCAGAGGACGAUGUGCCGCCGACUCCCCCGCCAAAGGAUAUGCCGCGUAGAAAGCCCGUUGCGACACAUCUUGUGCCUCCGUCGAACUAUACGGCUCGCAAGCCAUCUGUCUCAACGCUCGGUGCCGAUGAGGAGAUUCCAGACCGUCUUUCUGAAGAGCUCCGCAACCCGCCUUCUCCAGAUCUGCUCCCGAAGACGGCAACUGAAGACCAGUCUGAUGAUCCCAUCUAUGGCAAAAGUCUACCUUCCGCCAAAUAUUCUGGUCAUUCCCCGCAAGUUGCUGAAGAAAACUUGGACCUACGAGAGUUUGCUCCGGCGUUCCCCAAGUCCCCCGGCUCCGAUGAAAUUCUGGAGUCAAAGCGGCGAUCUAUCGGCGGUGUAGCUCCAUCUAUUCCCGGUGUCCAAAGUCCUCUGAGAAAUGAAGUGCGGUUUUCACCCGCGGCCCGGGGCACCUUGCUCAGCUCCAAUAGCUUCGGCCGCCAGAACACCAACAACAGCAAGGGUGCACGAGAGGUUCCCUAUCGUAUGGAGUCGGCAUCUCCGUCUCAAAACAGCAACUCGAAGAUCAACAAACUGAAGAACUUUGGGAAGCGACAACGAACCUCUAUGGGUAAUGUCUUGUCGGGAUUUCAAGGGGGGUCGCAGAAGGAACAUCAGGGGCCCCAAGCGAGCAUUCAAAAGAAGAACAACGUUUCUUCCGACCAAGGAUCCGACAAAAAGAAUCGAGCACUGGGGAAACUUGGUGUAAGUCUUCCCUAG